AUUUGAAAUAAUAGUCUAUUUUAAUAAUUAAUUUCUUGCACAAUGGACGUUUUUAAGUUCGGCUUUGUUGCUUUGUUCGCAAAUAGUUUAUUGAAUUUAUCACUGGCUCAGAGUGGCCCGGAUUUUAUCAGUUGUAAAAUCGAUGCUGGACUAAAAGGAGAGAAAGGCGACAGAGGACAUCCCGGUCCCCCUGGAAUUUGCGAGUGUAAACCAACAGAUAAUUCAGAGAAUGAAAGAGGAGAUUCGGCAAGUCGACCUUCGAAAACAACCUGUAGCAAUGUGCCGGCCUCAGAUCCAAAGCCGCAGUGGAUGGGUGAGAAUGAACUUGAAUCUUUCAAAAUAGAAUGUGAUGAAGCAGAAAAUAUGACGUGCAUUGCUCACGAAACGUUCUCGCAAAAAUCAAUUUUAGUAAAGAAAAAUUUUACGAUGCAAAAACAAUCUUUCUGGUGGAGUACGUUUGCAGACCAUUCCUUGAAGAACAUGUAUGGAUUACGUUCAACCCAGAUCAUGUGGCUACAUCGAUUAGCUAAUUCAGCAAGUCAAGUGAUAAGGAUCCGCGGUUUGGAUAUCAAAGCUUCGAGCCCAGAGCUAAUCCAGUCAAUCGUUCAAUUACUGACAUGGAAUGAUGUUGCAAUUGGUUUUUAUCCUACUUCAAAAUCGCUAUUCCAUUACGGUGUGGAACUGCCUACAUCGUGCACGGAGAAAAACUCCACUACUGAGCCGUGUGAAUACGUAGAUAUCAUAAUGAAGACGGACAUGGUCGGAAGGCUUCCGAUAACUGAUAUAUACUUUAAAGUUAAUUUAAUGGAAAAGGAUUUGAAAAUUUCCGUAGAAAACAUCAGAUUAUGCUUUAAUUAAAUUGUGCAAUAAGAUCCCAAAUGGGAUGGUUUGUAACAAAUUAAAAUUCCAAUAAAAUUUUCGAAAGAGACUAAUAAA